ACCGGAGCAAGGGAAAGAUUAAAACAUAUACUUUCAUUCUCCUGAAUAAGGAAAUAGAUCCGUUAAUACCGAUCUUAACCGUACAUUUUGUUUUCUCAGACUAACCUCACCUCAUAACGAGGCCGUGACCUCAUAUUUGCUCGGAGCUAUGUCUGCAAGUCCAGAUUUACAUGAUGCUGAUAAUGACGACAUUGUGUCUGCCUGUAAAACAUAUUACGAGACCGUGCGCAGGAGCUUCAGGUACAAACAACCAGAUCUUGCAUCGCAGGCGGAAGCUGUGAAGAGUUCAGCUCGGAGUCGAGCGAGAAGAAAGAGGCUGCUAGAAGCGAGACAGAGUGUGCUGGCUGAGGAUGAGGUGGGCCUUUGGAAGUGCGCUACCAUAGACCUAAUGUCGGAUGAGGAAGACGGCAUCGUUGGCAGGGUGUCUGGAUGGAUUGUGCGACCGUCUUUUCACAGCCAGGAGCUCACAGAACUCUGUGCCACACUGCAGUCUAGAUUAGAGGCGAUGCCAAAAUACAGGGCAACGCACCACAGACGUCUGCAAAAUGGACCACAUUCGGACCGAAUUACCUACAGCUCCGAAGCUGAAAACAGACACUUCAUGGUGCUGUAG